UGAUGUGUGUUGUUAGUUGUUACUUUGUGUGUUAAUUUUAGGUUAUAUUAAUGACGCCAUGCACUUAAAUGACGUUGAGCUAGCGUCGUGGCUAGUGAUUUAGAGUAGCGCUGAUGUACCUCAGUGCUGCUAGUGCUCGCGUGAUGUCAGGUGAAUACCGCUACUCUGGAAACUUUUCGGGUUAAUGUAUAGUCAGUGACCGUCUUACUCAUAUGUUAUAAGCAGCUGCCAAGUAGCCAAAGAAAAAACAAAGAUCAGUGUAUUUAAAACGUGAGUGUCAUAAACUUUUUUAACGUAAGCCACAAUAGUGCAGUUCUAGCAACUCCUCGCCAAACUGUGGGAAUACAAAUGCAGAUAAUCAGCAAGCUAUGAACCUCGACCCCCUCGGCGAGGGUGACCAGACACACGUGUCUGAGUCCCCCAUCUCGCUGGAAUCCCCCGACAGCGACAGCUCCAGUCCAGCCCCCAAUACUGAAGCUGUCACCCGCAAAGGCAGCUUGAGGAACACGAAAACCGCCACCCGCAGCGACGCGGAAGUCUUCACCCGCAGGGACAGCUUCAGAAGCAUCACUACUUAUGAAGCAGGGAGGACCUUUCCCAUGCCUUCCUCCUCCACGGCAGUCUCAGGUCGAACCUCAAUAUGCGAUUCACAGCUCUCCAAUGGAACCGCACCGGCCGACAACCUUACAAUCACGAACGGCAGCACGACGUCCGCGGGCACCACGACGUCCGCGGGCAAGCUGUCGACGCUGCACGGCUGGCUGAGCGAGGAGAACCGCAGGGUUCGCAGCUGGUGGGCGGCGCGUUCUGGCACCGACCUGCACCGCCUGUACGUUGCGCAGCUGCACGACACAGACGAGCUGAGGAGCCAGCUAAAUGAACAGCUACGGGCAUUGGAUUGCCGUGUGGAGGCCCAAGUGUCGCUGCUGACAGAAAUGCAGGACUUCAUGCGCCGUAGAGCUGAGGUGCACCAGGACUAUGCAUCUAAACUUGACAAGAUGGCCAAGACCAUCCAGGCCAAGCACAAGGAUCAGAAAGUCAAACGGGAGCAGUGGGAGCUGUCAAGCGCCUAUAGCUGUUGGAUGGUUUUACUGCAGCAAACGCGGAGGGAUGCUAGAGACCAGGCGGCCAUGGCAGAGGUCUACCACAGCAACAUCGUGCCGCGCUUCACACAGAUACAGGAAGAUGUCCACAGGAUAUACAAGAGAUGUCGUGAGAUUGCGUAUGAGAGUCAUGAAGAGCUACUGAAGGUCUUGCAUGAGCUGCACACAAGUCUACGGACUUACCACACUUACCAGGCUGAGCACAAGGCGGCUCAGGCUAAGCUCGCCAGUUUCCAGGAGCAGAAAGCAAAGCUGCAAGCUGCUGUCCCCAAAGAAAAGCUAGAUAAGAGCAAGAAGUAUCGCGUCAUCGAGAAAGAGAUACAAAAGAGAAAUAACAAGUUCCUGGAUGCAAAGUUGAAAGCUCUGAAGGCACGCAAUGAAUAUCUGCUCUGCAUGGAGAGUGCCAACUCUGCAAUACACAAGUACUUUGUAGAGGACCUGUCCGAUAUUAUUGAUGCAAUGGACUUUGGGCUUCACAACAGCCUGGCACGAGCUCUACUCACGCACCAGUCUGGCCAGGAAUGCUUCAAGCGCAGCCUGCAGACCAGCAUAGACGACCUACAGAAGACCAUCACAAACCUUGACUCACGCCUCGACAAGCAGAAGUUCCUAAAGUACAAUAACGCUGCCUUCAUGCUGCCUAAAAAGUUCGAGUUCCAGGGACACAAAGGCGAUGAGGUGUGCCAGGUGCAGGUGACCCGUGAGGUGCAGGAGGAGAUCGAGAAGCGUCACGCGCAUCUCGUGAGCCGCCUCACGGGGCUGCGCGCCGAGUCUGAGGAGAACUGGAAGACCAUCGAGACCGCGGAGAAGACGUUGCUCGAGAUGCUCAACCGACGAGACUACGACGUGGCGCACUUCUUCAGCGACGAGGCCGUCAAGAACGCUAGCGAGAUGCGCGUGCCAGAGGCGGGAUCCAUGAAGCUCAGGGCGGACCAUCAGGAGACGGAGGCCUUUUAUCUCAAUAAAUUCCGUGAGUACACGCUGAGCAGCAACCUGAUAUGCCGCCUGCAGAGCCGCUACGAGCUCCUGCGCCGCGCCCUCGGCGACGACCACGCCAGUUCUGCCUCACCCACUCCUGCUAGAGCGCUGGCAGCAGACAAGCCCAAGCGACGCCGCAUCGGCCGGACGCCGCUGAUGGGGCAGCCUAAGCUCUUUGGCGGGUCCCUGGAGGAAUAUCUGGAGGCAACCCACCAGGACAUCCCUCUCAUCCUGCGCUCCUGUAUACGCGUCAUCAACUUGUAUGGUCUGCACCAUCAAGGGAUAUUCCGAGUGUCGGGCAGUCAGCUGGAGAUCAACAACUUCCGUGAGAGCUUCGAGAAGUUGGAGGACCCUCUGGCUGACGUGAGCGACGCGAGCGACAUGAACAGCGUCGCCGGGGUCCUCAAGCUCUACUUCAGGGAGCUCAGGGAGCCACUCUUCCCUACCGUCUUCUUCGACCAGUUCAUGGAGAUAGCACAGCUGGCGUGCAAGCAGGAGUUUGUGAGCAAGAUACGAGAGGUGGUGAUAACCUUGCCCCGGCCAGUCUUUGUAGUCAUGCGAUACCUUUUCGCUUUUCUAAAUCACCUGAGCGAGUUCAGCGAUGAAAACAUGAUGGACCCGUACAACCUGGCCAUCUGCUUCGGCCCGACCCUGGUGCCCAUCCCUGAGGACAAGGACCAGGUGCAGUUCCAGAACCUGGUCAAUGAGCUCAUCAAGAACAUCAUCAUCUUCAGCGAAGACAUCUUCCCAGCGGACGGUGGCCCCACCUAUGAGAAAUAUUUGUCCCAGGACUCCCUCGAACUCGAGGCCGAUGUGGGCGAUGCGCCCAACCAGGACGACUUCGACUCUGAACACACGGCGUCUGAAGAUGCAGAUUCUGUCUUUAAGGACAGAGAAAUCAGCCUGCCCAUUUUUGGAAAAGGCGAAGUGCUGGAGGCCGUAGCACAGUUCGACUUCGUGGCGCGGUCUGAGCGUGAGCUGAGCUUCAGUAAGGGCGACCUGCUGGUGCUGCACGCGCAGGUGUCAUCCGACUGGUGGAAGGGUGCACACAGGGGCAAGGUCGGCCUCAUCCCUGACAAGUAUAUCCUCCUCAAAAUAAGAGAGGAUGACAAGGACCGGCCAAGCGACCUACCCGCCAUCGGCCACCACCACCAUCAGCUGCAGCGCCGUCCCUCGUCCUCAUCAGACUCCCUGACAUCGUCCAGCCUGCCUGCUCCUGAAACUCCCAGCUCUCCUUGUGGACCGUCCUACCACUCCAGCUUCCACUCCGUCCUCUACACUCCCACUGAGUGCGGGGGACACCAGCAACAGCAAUCUCCCCACACGUCUUGCUUGGCCCCGAACAUGACAGGAGGCCUUCAGGCCGUCACCCCCACACACGGCAAAGCUCCUCCCCUUAACGGGUCCUCACUGCACUCCGCGUCUCAGGACUCCGGUGUGAGCGGAGUGACGGAGCGCAGCCACAGCCCCUUGUGCCGCGCUGCCUCGCCCGCCCCAGGCCUCCAUACCUCCACCACCAUCCUCACCUACACCCCUCCGCAACACCUUGCCUCUACACCCCUUCUGCACUCCACCCCUUCACAGCACCUUGCCUCUACACCACUUCUGCACUCUACCCCUCCACAGCACCUCAACUCCACCCCUCCUCUAGUUCACUCCGUGUCACUACCGCGCUCGUCGCCCUCUUCUCAGCAGUCGGGCGCCUCUCCCCUCGCGCAGCCUCGGGAGGAGCAGGAGGUGGUUGCUGUGCGGGCGAACUACUCGUCUCCUCCCCUGCACCAGUCUACCCUUCCCCGCAUGCACAUUUCCCUGUCUCAAGAAGGCCAGCUCGAAGACACCUCCCAAAACAUGAGCGUUACCACCAUAGGUCGCGACGCCGGUGUGGGUGCCGAGGUCACAAUAGCGCACAACAACAUGGUGAGCAUGCGGCAUCAUUCAUCAUGCACCAACAUACCUGAAACUACCAAGAUGGUAGAAAGGUCUAGUGCACCUGCUGGUGGUGGGAGUAUGGUGGUGGCGACUGGAGGAGACGUAGGGAGCACCAUCGUCGCUAUCGAGACCUCCGUUCAUCGUCGCCCGUCGCACUCGUCUCUCUCGUCCAGCUCGUCAGACGAGCGGCUUAACUGCUCGAGUCAUCGAACCUUCAGGGAAGUGAGAACUAAAAUGAAAGCCGUUGGAGCCCCUGACCUGGUGAUGGACCUUCCUGUGUCUUCCUUAUCUUCCUCUCCUAGAGAUCAGUCUAGUUCAACCAGUCCACAGUCUAGUGCGAGUCCAAGUCCUAGAGCUCGCAGCACAAGUCCCCAAUACGUGGAGGUGUGCGGCGCAGACGGCAGCACAGCGUCGCCAUCCCCAGACAUGACGGCUGCUGAGUGCUUUGCUAAGCAAAACCAAAGCACACUUAAAAAAACUCCGGUGACCAAAACCCAAACUGUGUUCCUCAGCGCCGGGGGCAGCAGCGACGCUCAAACCCAGACGUUAUUGCAAGCCAAGUCAUCUUUGGGUGCGAUCAAAGCGUCCUCCAUCGACGUGUCCGAGCUCAAGAUAACCGAGAGCGACGACUUCAAACCAACGUCCAUCGUCCACCAGCGCAGCAUGGACGUGACCUCGCGGUCCUCGGAGUCACCUCUGGUCGAAGUACGCUCCGCAGCUCCCCCUCAUCCCGUGACCCCGAACACGCCUCGCCUGGCAGCCAGGUACCUGCAGGCGGUGGCAGCGGCUUCAGGAGGGUCCCCGGUAGUAGCGUCGGUGGUAGGGACCAAGCCCCACGUGCGUGUCAAGCCCACGGUGCUCAAGAAGCCGUCGCUUACCGAGGCUGACGCUGAACGAAGCCUCACGGCCUCGUCCGCGAGCGACUGACAGGCGAGACGAGGCGAGCGUCGUGAGCAUUGCACACGAGAUUCUUCUCUCUCACGAGACUCGUCUCACGCAUCGUUUCACGCACCACCACUACAGCGCACCAUCUCAUCGCCCUCCCCCCGACGUUCAUCCCCGUCGUCAUUUGAGAGUUCGUUCCCUGAAGCCAGAGCCCCACGGCAUCCUAGUCAGCCUCGCCAGGACUCUUCCGAACUGCUGCUCAAGCUCGCUAAAGUGCGCCAUCCAGAUUUUUAAAUUAAUGUUGAAUUAACGAAGAUUAAUAGAAAAGAAUCCACACCAUUUAAUCCCGCGUGUAUUUGCAUCAACGCUCUCUUCUUAGUCAGCGAGCAACACCAACACGACAGUUACACGUGUUUUACUAUGCGCUUCAACCGUAUUAGCGGAUAGUAUUUUUUCCUUCUACAUUCGGAUAAGUUGUGCGUUUAACGGCUAAUAGCCGUAGAGCGAACAUCUUCGAGUCCAGUUUAGUUCCUUCGUGAUGCAAACAAUGUAUAGAUACAACGUUGCCCUACACCCUAAAAUUUGUCCAUAGAAUUGACGUGAGCCUCCAUAAAGGCCCACUUUGUAAAAUAUCGCCGAACAAAUUUGAUGUAAAUUAUUUAAUAAAUGUGAAGUAUUCCUUGUAAUAAUGACCGCCGCCGCUGGUGGUGGGGGUUCGAGUGCGCUUCAGUCCGUGCCUGUGUCGAAGGACUUACAUAUCACGCAUUUGUGCAUGUGAUCUGUUUACAUUCAAUGGAACCAGCAAAUGAACUCAGAAUAUUCUCACAUUUUCUGAGUAUUUUCAAAUGGAUAUUUCUGUGUACAGUGGUGUAUUCUAGUGUCCGUGAUUUCUUGCCGAAACAUUAGUGUUGUCUCUUAUCAGUGUACCAACUCUGAUUGUUCGAGUAACCUUAAUAUUUUUCUAUUGUACUAUGUUGACUAAGUUGACACUAUUGUCAGGAGUGUCGUUGCUUCAAUUAUGAACUGCUGCCUCUGCAUUUAUUAUCCAAUAUUGCGAUGUAGACAUGCUAAAAACUGGUAAGGAUUCCACCCUGGACCUUGUAUGCUUGCGGCUGAGAUUGAUUGUAUUUAUGAUCUUAUCGUUUUUCUCCUGCUACUGGCAGGCUGAAUCUAACCUUCGAAUAGCGAUUGACAGUCAAUUUAUACUCGUGUUUCUUUUGUACGAGUCUCGUCAUCUGGCUCGGAUUAUGACUGUAUUUAACGAUGACAAGGUAAACUCUGUUACGGAUAUAACGAUGACGAGGUUAACUCUGUUAUGGAUACAAACACAAUGUAGACGAGGAAGGAUUGUCAAUCUUUAAAUAUGUUAGCGCACUCAUUACUUAAUCUAUGUGAAGCCUCAUUCGUAGGCGUUUCUUGUGAAGACUACGAAUACGAUGCGUACCACGCAGUGCCCCAAGUGUGAUGAGGAACUCUUAGGAACCUGCACCACUCCUGAUGUGUAGGUCCUGCUGGUGAUGCUCCUUGUACACCCACGCGAGUCUGUGAUCCUAUUCGCUUCUGUAUUAAUUAGUUCACUGCUCCAGGAAAUGUGGAUAGUAAAGAAACAUAGUUGAAUGCUCCGUGAAAAGUGGAUAGUUGAGGGAUUAUUACGAUACUGUAUUAAACUUAGCUCACUGCUCCAGGAAAUGCGGAUAGUUCAGAAACAUAGUUGAAUGCUCCGUGAAAUGUGGAUAGUCGAGGAUUAUUACGAUAAGUGGCGGUAAAGAUAGCAGGCAAUGUAUAGAGCUUCUAUAUCUAAGGUGAAGUGUGUGGCGGCUGCUGAUGAAAUGCUGUUUUAUUCAGCGAUGAUAUUAGGCAUCAUUUGCUCCUAUCGUAGCUCUGACUUCAGAGCUAACAAGACAUUGCCUAAAUCAUGUGCAUCUUCAAUAAAGAGGCGCUAGUUGAAAAUAUGUCUCUCCCUCAUUCAUGUUUUUGCUUAUUAAACCCUCAAACUAUCGAUUCCCUCCCAUGUCGCGAAUGGUAUCUAAACUGCUUUACAGAUACGGCAACGCCAAAUUUUCAAACUAUGGGAAUAAUGGCAACAGGAUAAGGCUUCUAUUUUGUUACCAUGAUAGUCGAUAAUUAUAAGUGUACCUAUGUCCUCGUAUAGCCUUCGUGACAACCUGCUCUACACCUGGACAAUAAUCUAGUGUAACUCUUUAACAGUACCUUAUGACCCGUUCAUCAUCAUCACAACUACUAAAUGUCCUCAACUUGCCAGGGUUUUAGUCUCUCUUGGGCUUCAAUUACCAAAUCCUGGUAACUCUAUGUAUGAAAUGGUGCUGCUUCGACGAUGUCGGUGUUGCUUGCUCUUCACCUCCUGCGUGCGCUCCAACAGGUACAGCAACUGUAGACCUGCUGGUAAAUAAAUCAUUAUCCGGCUCAUUGUGUGCUCAAGUUGCCCUCGAGGCGGUGAUUUACCCUCUGUAUACCCUGUAGUACUAUUUGUUUGAGGGUGCAUGGCUCGCUUCGAUUUGUGAUACGAUAUUAAACGAUCCUAGCUGCUGGAAAAACACCAGCAUGAAUUAGGUACUUCAAUUUGUUCAAAUUGUGAUACGAUAGAAGAUUAGUUCAGAUGCUAGCUAAGGUAAAGCGUCAUUAAUUUAUUGUGAUGAAAGAUAGUGAAUGUUCGGUGCGAUCAGGACUGCGCUCCCCCUGGGCAGCGUGUAUUGCAGCCCUGUCAGAGUUGUGCCUAUAAGCGACGUAAACUCUUUUAUAGCAGCAAUUUAUUCGUAGUCACAUAACCACUACAUUGUUUUGGAAAGAGCAUUUCUUUACAUUGAUUUACUUUUUCGUGUCGCCUGUGAUUCAGAAACAAAUUACUUUCUCACCUCUAAAAUUGCUCAUGUUACUAAUUUAAUGCGAAAUACAGAUUAAAUUUAGAAUUCUUUUGUAUCAGUUGUUAAAUUAAUGUUUAAAUUCUUGCAUUUGCAGCGCCUAGCCUUUCAUUUUACAAGCUGAUCCUCCGCAUCACUUAAAACCUCGAGUACACGUCAAUUGUUAUUGUCAUAUUGUUCGAUGACCUCAAGUAGCUAUACCGAACUUGAACAUGUGUCCUGCCACACGUCUUAUGCUAACAAACAUUGGGAAUUUCAUGACGGCUUAUGGUUGAAAUUGUGCUAUUUUUUCACUUAUUGGGCUUACGUCCUUGCCUGUGACCGUCAUACGAUUGAAUCUCCACCCAGGAAUGUGUAACUUGAUCAAAUCUUGUUAUAUCGUUUGCAAAGUUAAUAUUGUGCCCAGGCGGACCAGUCAGCCAGUUCAGUCUCGAGGCACUCAUUAUAUUUCGUGUCUUUGGGAAACAUUUCAUGCCUGUUUCAUAGGAACCUACUGCAGUUUUCCUUCAUCUCUGUAACCGCAUUGAUAUUGAUGCAUCAUAGAUGCUCAGUUAUAUUUCACGCAUUUCUUCAUUGUUCUUUCUUGCUUACAGAUCCUUGACAAAUUUAUUCAACAUUUUAAUCAAAUUUAUUCAACAUUUUUUAACAUUUAAUCUUUCAACAUUUACAUGCAAUUGAAUUAUCCUAAACAUUUCAUAAAAUCGGUUUUCUAAAAUCGAUUUGCACGAUAAUUUUUUCAAAACGGAAACUUCUUCAUUACUUUGGCCCUUCUAUAUUAGUUCAAACUUUCCCGUUUGAAUCUCGCGAAUAUGACUUCACUAUGUUGUAUUAUUUGUUUAUUUUUCUUAUUAGUCGCGCUUCCUUUCUUCUGUCACUCUUCAGCUAACUGCUACUGAAUCAUAAAGUGGAUUAAAAUGAUCUUGAUUUCUCAUUGCAAGCUUUCUCCUCCCACUCAGCUAAUGACGCUAGUAUUUUUCGUUACAUGUGUUUGGAUAUUGCAUCAUUCCAAUCGUUUCAACCAACAUUUGUUCUCAAUGAUUCCAGUGUAAUUGAUCUCAAUUGCUGAUUUUCUAUGACUUUACAUUUUUUCUAUUCACUGUAUUCAUAUUAUUUUUAAGUUGCUCGUCUGUGGGAGGGCUGUUCAUGGCCUGGAGAUGCUGUCUCUUGUUGCUGGUCUGCAUUACCAUUAAUAAUGUGUUCAUCUUACUUUUGUAAUUCAAUUCAUUUUAAUUAAAUCCUGCUCAGCUAAAUCGUCUCACGCCUUGCCUUGUGAAGCUUAAUGAGACUUAUACUACAAAUCUUUUCAUCUCCGUUAUGUCAUUCUUACGACCACCUCUUUUGAAUAUUCCAUUGGCACUUUUUAUGGCCUUUAUUUCAACAUUGACUUUAAUGUUGAGGACUGGUAGGUCUUCUAUUUGUUUUGAAACUCUAAUAUCCACUAGGUUUCUUUUAAUGAAAAUCACGUCCAGUUUAUUGAUAAUCGUUUGAUGAGCUUCCUCUUGCAUUCCAGAGUCUUCUGUACAAAAAUUAACAUUUGAACUAACUAGAGUGUAUCAAAUUCUUCUGGUCGUAAUUGACUGCUAACUAGGGCCAUAAUUGGUUGCAAACUCCAUUUACGUCGCCAUGAUAAUAAUUCGCAUUAGGAUAGUAUUUCUACGAGUCUUGUAAGUUUGUGGUGCACGUUGGUGAUACUCGAAGCUGCGCGAAUGUAAAACUUUCAUCGAAACCUGUUAGUGCUUACAUCUUUGCCUCGCCAAUGACGGUGGUUGCCAUGGUUGAACUAAUAAUAAUAUUACUUCAACCAUGGUGGUUACCGUCAUUGUAUAUGUAUUAAGAAUUAACAGAAUGUUAAUGCAAAGGUUAAGAUAUUGCGAACGCAAAGGAUAUGGUGAGUGAGCUUGGCGACCCGCGACUAAGGUGGUAUUUCUGUUCUAGUUCCAUUGCAUUUUUACAGAGGAAGUGAAAAAUAUGUGAAUUUUUUUCUAGUUUUAAUUUUUCAUAAAUCUCUCUCUACUAUCGGGUUUACAAUUAAGGAAGGAUUUUUUGUCUUCUUUGCCCCGGAAAUGUCUUCAUAUUUUCUAAGCCUUACUUUUAAAUGUCUGAACCUUCUGCCUUCAAUUUACGUCUCAAUUCAACUUAGCGCUAAUGAAAUUAAAUGUGGACAUUUAAAUGGAAUUGGAAAUAAUUAUUUAGCCUCAAACUUUUCAAGUGUUGAACUUUGCGGUCAAUUCCUAUAAGGUGAUUUUGGACGUUGUCACUAACCAGCAACAAGUGUGUGGUUGCAAGCCAUGUUUGAGUGCUCAGCUGCCAAUUCGCAAAGAGCGAUGUGACUUAAUUAAUUGAAUCCGUAGUUAAUUCAUGCCAAUUAUGCAAAGAAUCUUAUGUACCUUAGAAGUCUUGCUUAAGUACGACCUUAAGUAAUUACCAUCACCUGUAACUUGUGAAGAAAGAGCGAUGGAUCGCUCACCACGAUGUCUGUACGAAUUGGUGUCGAUUUACUCUACUUUGGAUGUAAGCACAUUGCAACUUACUAAAUAACUUCUGCUUCCUCCUCUUGGUUCUAAUAUCUAUUAUAAAUUCGUUCACAUUUUCUCAUGUCUUAUCUGUUCAUAUCGUCUUCCUGAAUCCAGUGAGUUAAUUGUAGUCAUGUUUGGAAAUUGUAUUAAUGUUUGGUACAAUUUCGAAGUUAAAGUUGACAGCCACACCUAGCGCAACUUUUUAAAUUGACUCCAUAACGACAGUAUUUCUUGUCUCAACAAUUGCAACUCUUGUGACCACCAAGCUGUGUGGUAUGAGUGAGCGGUAGCUUGUGUGUGAGUGCUUUUGUGUAGUAAAAACGAGUCAUCGUCUCCCGAAACCAGUCACUGUUAAGCAAUGUUAGGACAAUUAUUUUGUACUUGAUACCUCGUGUACUGUGAAUAUAUCUAAAUUCUCA